AUGAAUCUAAAUAGUGAAAAAGUUUUAUUUGGUGAAACAGUGGGGGAGUACAUCCAGCACGGUCUGGCCAAUACCGACCCCCUUGAAUUUAUUAAAGAUUUUCAGGCUGCAAAUAAUUUACAUGCCCCCACCUGUAAGCCGGUCUUGUCCUUUCUGGAUAUGUUUAAUACAUCUAGAUUAGCUUUACAUAAGCCUCUUCUCUCAAUCUUAAAACAACUACUACUGGAAUGCAUAGAUAACGCCAGUCUAGAAACAAUAGAGGAGCUACUACUUCAAACUUUUUCUUAUAUUCAGCAUGAAGAACUUCAAGAUAUUCCACUAUAUGUGAUGAGGAAACUUCCUAAACUUUCUUCUACAAUCCUUGAACAGUUAACUUACAAUCAAGAACUAUAUGAGCUUUGUCCUCUUGAAAUUAAACGCCAGAUUUGGCUGCUGGACAACUGCGAAGCAUCCAAGCUUUUUCGAAAGCACGUAUUUUCAUUGUUUUCGAAUUUUAUUCGGGAUUUUGAAAUUGUAAAAGCGGCAGGUGAUCUUGAGAAAUGUGCGAUGCCUCCGCACAAUCGCUGGCAGCAUCCUUCUAUUUUAAAGUUGACAGAAGCGGUUGGCGUGAAUUUCAAGAUGUACGACCUCGUUGUUGAGUCGAUCUGCAAACUAUUCGAGUCGACCCGAAAUCGGCUGUUUUGCACCCUUCGAGCCGACAUUCUCAUGGCCCUUCACUACAAAGACAACCCUCUUUGCAGUGAAGACAUGUGCUACACUCUAGCGUGGUGCCUGGACGGAUGCAAGCGCGACGAUGUGGUUGACGACCGCCGCCUUUCAGAGUUGCAGGCCUCAAGCAGAUCUUUAUAA